AUGACUUCUACAUCCAAUACAUCUACGUCCAAUGCUACGUCCAACGAUUUAACUGGUUCUCCCUCUAAAGAUUGUUUUCUGUUCAAUUGUGAACAUUUGCUUCACUUUUGCGACUUAUUCAACAGAACUGAAGUAGAAGAUCAAACGGAAUCAGUUCUGGAAAUUAAGUUAAAAGACUUGGAAACAAGAUGGACAAAUUUAGAUGUUUCUUACAAAAAUGUCAUGUUAUCUCAAAGUGACACAGUUGAUUCUGAAUUUAAAGUACAAGCUAAAGGUCAAUAUGAUGCAUGCGUAAGCGCAUACUAUCACUGUUCCUCCCAAAUUAUGGAUUUAAUAAAAGUUUCUCACAUAGAAACCCCAAAUAUGCCUGUAUUUCAGUCAACAUCCCGCUAUUCUAUCCCAGCUCUAGCUUUAAGACAGGACAUUACGCCGAAUAACUCAAGCGAUUGCAUAAAGCUCCCUCCUUGUGAUACAGAAGUAUUCAGGGGUAGUUACGAAGAAUGGCCCUCGUUUCGUGAUAUGUUCACAGCAGUGUACAUUAAUCACUUAAAGCUCACUCCCGUCACAAAGUUGUAUCAUCUUCGUAACAAAACAAGAGGCGAAGCUGGUGAUAUAGUAAAAAGAUAUCCUCUCUCACACGAUAAUUUUGAACUGGCAUGGAAUGCAUUAAAAUCCCGCUACGAGAACAAGCGUGUUCUUGUAGACAAUCAGAUAAAAAUUCUCUUUGACAUUCCUCCAGCUACUAAUGAAAAUAGUGAUUCUAUCAGACGUAUUCAAUCAUCAGUUAAUGAUUCUCUAGCAACCCUUAAAACUCUUGGUGUUGCUGUCGAAAGUUGGGAUCCUAUUCUCAUUCGACUAAUUUCAACAAAACUACCAGACUUAACUCUUUCUCUAUGGGAACAAACGCUCACAUCCCCUCGUGAGCUUCCAAAAUGGUCACAAAUGUCACAGUUUCUUGUGGAUAGAUAUGAAGCCGUUGAACGCCUUACAAGUAUCAGAAACUCGAAAGAUAGCUUGUCUCUCACUAAAUCUUCAAACAUACAAACAUAUGUAUUACAAGAAAACGCAAACUCCUCUUGCAAGUUAUGUAAUGAAGAACAUACACUCAGAAUAUGCCCAAAGUUUAGAUCAUUCUCAGUACAAGAGAGAAUUGAUUUUGUGUUCAAAAAUAAAUAUUGCAAUAAUUGUUUAGGACAUUCUCACAUUAAAGUAAACUGCAAGAGCAAACGAACAUGUCUCUAUUGCAAAAAACAGCACCACACCCUAUUGCAUAUGGCUAAAAAGUCUCAAAAUACUGCCAAUAAUAAAGAAAUUGCUGAAAAUGUUUCAAACAAACCCAUUAGUUCCCAAAACUCUUUCCCAAAAAUUACUCAAAAUGACACUCAAAGUGAGCAGCCUACUACCUCAAAACACAUUCAAGCUAAUUGUUCUACUAGCAAUGAGAACAUUCUAUUACGAACUGCACUCAUGCAAAUAGAAUGUAGAGGCGAACUAUUUACUAUUAGAGCUUUAAUUGACCCUGGUUCUCAACGAACAUUUUUAACUGAACGAAUCAGAAAUCGCCUUCAGCUCCCUUAUCAAAAUACUCAUUUCGAAAUCGUGGGUAUUGGUGGUCAAAAGCAAACAGCAAAUAAAGAAUGUGAGUUCACACUAUAUGCCAAAAGAACAAAUAUAAGAAUCCCUAUAAAAGCUAUAGUCUUGCCAAAAGUAACAAAACGGCUCCCAGCAUGUUCAUUUGAAAUCCCUAACACAAAAGAACUUGAAAACUUAGAUCUAGCCGACCCAACUUUUAAUAAAACUUCCCAAAUUGAUUUAAUUUUAGGAAAUGACUAUGAGCAUUUUAUCAAUCUCGAUGGCAUAAGAAAGAAUAUUUGUGGCAAAACAUCUGCCUAUAAAACUAUUUUUGGCUGGGUACUUAGUGGUCCCAUUAAAGUUGAACCAAUUCAAGCCUUCACAACUGAAGUCAGCUCGAAUGAAAAUUAUGAACUCGCUACACUCUUAAAAAAGUUUUGGGAAGAUGAAGAAAUCCCAUCGGUUAACACAAACUCAAAAGAAGAUGAAUAUUGUGAAAAUUUCUAUGCUCAGACAACCACUCGUCAUAAAAAUGGUAGAUAUAUAGUUAGAUUACCAUUUAAGACAGAAUAUCCUAAAGAAAUUUUCCUCGGAUCUUCAAGAUUCGUAGCCCUUGCUCAAUACUCUAGAAUGGAAAAGACACUAUCGAAAGAUCCAGAGUUACAGUCCCAAUACAAAGCCGUUUUGGAAGAGUAUCUAUCACUAAAUCAUAUGGAAGAAUCUAACUCCCAAGAAAUUAUAUCUCAAGGCAAAUAUCUCUCAUAUUAUUUACCCCAUCACGCGGUUGUGAGACCAGAACACAAAACCACAAAGGUUAGAGUCGUAUUCAACGCGUCGAGAAAAACAAAGUCUCAAGUUUCACUGAAUGAUGUUCUCUAUGCAGGCCCUACUCUUCAAAGUGAUUUAAUCACAACAAUACUCAAUUGGAGAAAAUAUCAAUUUGUAUUUAGUGGCGAUAUUCAAAAAAUGUAUCGCCAAAUACUUAUACACCCAGAUGAUAGACCCUAUCAAAAGAUUUUGUUCCAAAGACAACCAGACAGCCCUAUUAAAGAUUUUGAGUUAAAAACAGUUACUUUUGGAGUAAACUGCGCCCCCUUUUUAGCUAUUCGCACCCUUUUACAACUCGCUUUAGAUGUAGAAUCCCAGUACCCAAAGGUAUCAUCAAUUCUGCGAACGGAAACUUAUGUUGAUGAUAUUCUGUCUGGUGGCUAUACAAUCGAAGAAACUCUCACUGCCCAAACUCAGCUUAUAGAAGUUUUAAAUUCCGCGGGUUUCCCAUUAAAAAAGAUAACCGCAAAUAAUCCCAAACUUCUCACACAUUUACCAAAAGAAGAUCUUUAUGAUCUUGAUUUUCUUCGCUUCCAUGAGACGAGCGCUACCAAAACCCUUGGUAUUAAAUGGAAUGCGUUAAAUGACUCGUUUACUUAUCAAUUUGCAGAAAUCGAUCAAGUUACAAAGAUAACAAAGCGACAAAUCCUCUCCUCGAUUGCAAAAUUAUUUGACCCCGCUGGAUGGCUGGCUCCAAUAGUCAUCAGAGCAAAAAUUUUGUUGCAACAAUUGUGGUUAGAAAAACUACAAUGGGACGAAGAAGUUUCCCAAGAUUCCCUUCAAAAUUGGAAUACUCUUGUUCAAGAUCUACAGAAAGUAGAAACUAUCUCUAUACCCCGCUGGCUACAAUAUACACCUUCAGACACUAUUCAAAUUCACGGGUUUUCUGAUGCAUCCAAAACAGCAUACUGUGCAGUGUUAUAUGUAAGGUGUCAAACUCAUACCCACACAGCGUUUUCAAAUUUGUUAGUAGCCAAAUGUAAAGUUGCUCCAAUUCAGACAGUUUGUCUUCCAAGGCUUGAACUUAACGGAGCCCUACUCUUAACAAAGCUCCUUAAGUACGUUAACUCUACAUUGAAUUUUAAAACCAAAGAUAUAUAUUUAUGGACUGAUUCAUCCAUAGUCCUGGGUUGGCUUUCUAAACCCCCUUCAACAUGGGAGACAUAUGUGGCCAACAGAGUUUCUCAGAUCAAUCUCAUUGCUCCAGAUGCAAUAUGGCAACACGUUUCAACGCACGACAACCCAGCCGAUCUGGGUACACGUGGCUGCAAAUCACAUGAACUUGCUCACAAUUCCCUCUGGUGGCAUGGCCCUUCAUGGCUAACCAAUCCCUCUUCUGCAUGGCCAAAACGAAAUCCUCUUAACUCUAUCGAAAAAUGCACAGAAACUCAAUCCUUACACAUCGAAGUUGAUAGAAAUGAUAUUUUAGAUAAAUAUUCAUCAUACCCCAAGGCAUUACGCAUUUUUUGUUACAUUUUUAGAUUCUGUAAUCAAUCCCUAAAAAAGCGAGAACCAAUUGAAAAUAGUAAAGCUCCGUAUCAUUUGACUCAAAACGAAAUGAAAAAUGCAAAAACUAGACUAAUUAUUUUAGCUCAGAAAAGUUUUUACCCAGAUGAAUAUAAUUGUCUAAAUAACUCUAAGACUAUCUCAAACAAAAGUCCCCUCAAAAGUUUGAACCCAUUUCUAGAUCCAAAUUCUAUUAUGAGAGUAAAUGGAAGAUUAUCUCAAUCCUCUCUUCCUUAUUCGGAACGUUACCCUAUCAUUUUACCUGGCAAUUCUCGAUUUUGCCAAUUGUAUCUAACCCAUUUACACAUAUUUCUAUGUCACGCUGAAUGCAGUCAAAUGUACAGAGCAGUACAAACUGAAUUUUUUAUAUUCAGACUCAAACCGCGUAUUAAAAAGAUAAUACGUAACUGUAAAUGUUGUAUAGUAUUCAAACAGCAGCCAUGUUCACAAAUAAUGGCACCCUUACCUCCAGAGAGAUGUAACCUUUCUUUACCCUUUCAAAUAACGGGUAUUGAUUUUGCUGGCCCGUUUGAUUUAAAGACAUCUUCGUUAAGAAAAUCACCCUAUGUUAAAGGUUACGUCAGUGUUUUCGUUUGUUUCAGCACGAAAGCCAUACAUCUAGAACCCUGCUCAGAUCUAUCCUCUGCUGCAUUUCAGGCCGCAUUUAGUCGUUUCGUUGGGAGACGAGGCCUACCCCAAAGGGUAGUAACUGAUAAUGGCAGAAAUUUUCUCGGUUGCAGUAGAGCACUUGAAGUCGAAUUUUCAGCUUUUGUUGAAAACGCAGCUCACGACAUAGCUCAGAAAUACAUUACUCACGGGUUCGAGUGGAAAUUUAUACCACCGCACGCUCCGCACAUGGGUGGCUUAUGGGAAGCCGCCGUAAAAAGCUUCAAAUACCACUUUAAACGAGUUGCAGGGUCCCAUAAAUUCACUUACGAAGAAUUGGCUACUGUGUUAGCUCGCAUUGAAGGAGUACUCAACUCUCGACCAAUAUCUGCACUAUCUGAAGAUCCCACAGAUCUGACAGCAUUGACUCCAGGUCACUUUUUAAGAGGCGCUCCCUUGAUAGCGUUCCCAGAACAAAGCUUCCAGGAUAUGUCCCUUAUAAACCGAUGGGAAAAAUUAAAGGCAAUUCACCAUCAAUGUUCCAUACGAUGGAAAGAAGACUACCUUAAGUCUCUACACAAGCGCUACAAAUGGAAGAACUCUUCUCCAAACAUUCAUGUUGGUGACCUCGUAGUUGUAAUAGAUGAUUUAUUACCACCCCACGAAUGGCGUCUGGGAAGGAUUGAGAAAACAUUCCCAGGUUCUGAUAACAAUAUACGUGCAGCUGAGGUACGCAUUGCUACCGGAACAAUAACUCGCCCAAUUGUUAAAUUAUGUCUUCUUCCCUUUGCAAAUAAAAGCGAACCCCUUUCCUAG